UUACACUGUGGGUCCUUCCAAAUCUUGGAUUUGAAGCAGACGAAUAAUGUUGCGUUACGUGUUUUCGAUACUAGCAAAACCUAGACUCGUGGAUACAGAUUUGCUGCUUUGUCUUAUUUCGACUUCAAAUACUAUCAGAAGACAGAAUGUUCAUUCUACUCCACUCUACAAUACGUUACCUGGAGAUGAUAUUUUAUACAAAGAGGAGCAUCUUCAGAUGAAAGAUUCGCUUCGUAAAAUUAUUGACAAUGACAUCAAUCCUUACGUGGAUGAGUGGGAGCAAGAGGGUUUCUUUCCUGCUCACACAGUGUUCAAGAAACUUGGCAAAGCAGGAUUCCUCGGUGUCACCAAGUCAACAGAAUAUGGUGGACUGGGACUUGAUUAUACUUUCAGCCUAGCUAUGGCAGAAGAAUUAGGAUAUAUCAAUUGUGGAGGCAUCCCUAUGGCAAUUGGAGUGCAAACAGAUAUGGCAACACCAGCUCUUGCAAGAUUUGGAAGUGACAAACUGAAGAAAGAGUUCCUUACCCCAUCCAUUCAGGGCGACUAUGUGGCAUGUUUAGGUGUAAGUGAAACAGAAGCUGGCUCAGAUGUUGCAAGCAUUCAGACAAGGGCAGAGAAGCGUGGUGGUGACUUGAUCAUCAAUGGUGGGAAGAUGUGGAUAACAAAUGGCACUCAGGCUGACUGGAUGUGCUUGCUGGCCAACACAAGGCAAGGGCUACCACACCAGAACAAGUCUUUGAUUUGUUUACCCAUGGAUUUGCCAGGUAUCCAGAUCACAAAGAAGAUUGAUAAACUGGGUAUGCGGAGCUCUGACACAGCACAGGUGUUCUUUGAGGAUGUUCGUGUACCACAGACAAACAUUAUUGGAGAGGAGGGGCAGGGCUUUACCUACCAGAUGCUUCAGUUUCAAGAGGAGCGGUUGUGGGGAGCUGCUGCUACACUGGUACCAAUGGAGACAGUCAUCCAGGAGACAGUUAAGUAUACCAGGGACCGAAAAAUUUUUGGCCAGUCUGUUCUGAGCAAUCAGUGUGUGCACUUUACAUUAGCUGAACUGGAGACAGAAGUGGAGUUGCUGCGUUCCCUUUUGUAUCGAACUGUUUUGCUCUACUCGCAAGGCAAUAAUGUGACAAAGCAGGCAUCGAUGUGCAAACUGAAGGCUGGACGACUGGCAAGACAGGUUACUGACAAAUGUCUUCAGUUCUGGGGUGGAAUGGGGUAUACUAAUGAAGUUCUUAUCAGCAGAUUUUUCAGGGAUAUGCGGUUGAUUUCCAUUGGAGGUGGAGCAGAUGAAGUAAUGUUAUCAAUCAUAUGCAAAUUCAUGGACACUCUUCCCCGUCCACCUAAAGUAAAUUCUUAAAGAGACUCUUGCAUCUUGUUUUACCACAAAGUUUUCUACAUUGGCGAGACUUUAGAAAUGUAAUUUAUAUAUUGGAUAAGGUAAGAUACCCUUGGCAGCUUAAAUGACAAAUUAUGUAUUUUGUGUUGCGUGUGUCUUAAUCCUUAGCAUAUGCAUAAGCAGAGUUGUGGGAAGAGCACAGAAUGAAUAAAUAAAGCACAAGCACACUUCAAUUUUUUGCAAAAAGAUUUUUUUCUCCUAAGGGGAGAAAACUGUGACCUAUUUACAUUAACUACUUCAUUUUCAUGUCGCGGUACUCAUGUCCGAGACAAAAGGGGUAGUAUUUUCAGUAUUUAUCAGCAGUAUUGUAAAUCUCCUUGUCUGUUUUGUGCAUCAGCAGAGGCAAAAUUCAUGCAGUGUGUCUGGAUAUAGCAUUAAAAGAUCAACUUAUUGUUAAGUUUUAUAAAAUAAUGUUUUCAAGUGUUGUAGAUGACUAGAAAGUAAAUGUGAUUUGUGAUUGCUGAGACUGAUAGUGUAUAAAAUUUUUGUAACAUCAUGUGUCUUGAACUAUAUCAAUUGCUUUUGAUUCCAACUUGAUGCUGACUCAAUUGACAAAACAUAAUAUGCCCCUUGUG